CUCGAGUUGCUUCGGGUAAGCAGUGUCGUGAUGAUAUGACGCCAUUUUACUAACCUUUUCGGCGCGGAUUGGAAGGCUAGUACGGCAGUACGUCCAGGAAAAACUCAGGGGAUACGCCUCUGACACGCUACCCGGCUUCUAAACCACUGAUAAAUAAUUAUAAACCAAAACUUACCAUCCUAACCAGCCAGUGUCUCCAAGAUUAAUCACAAAUAAAAACACAACUGAGAAUACGCAGCCAUAGUCGCCAUCAGUAUUAUGGACGAUGAAGAUGGAGAAGCGUCUAACAACGAUUCCUGGACUCCAGAGCAAUUGUCGUACAAAGAAACUUCUUUUCCGGAAGAUUUUAACCGUCUUAACCCCGAAAAUGACUGUGAGGACCAUCUCGAGAUUAAAAAUAAUAAUGAAUCUCGUAAUAAAGUGAGUAAAAGCAAAGAUGUUACCGAGUAUGCUCAGUGUUUGGGUUUGCAGCCAGCAGGUAAAUAUAAGUGUGCUAAGUGCCGUCCCACGGUGACAUUUUAUUCAUUAUCAAUGCUCAAACAACAUCAAUUUGUCUGUCAAGCAGCUAAUUCUACGCCCGGACCCUCCAACCAUCAGCACGUGUCAUCAAACCGGUAUUCUAAAAAUAAUUUUCGUAUUACAAGAAAAGUUUACUUGUGCUCCGCCUGUGGGACUUACUUUGAAAAUUGGAAUCUCUUUUUGCAUAUGCGUGAAACUCAUAAAAGACACAUUUGUUUAUUUUGUUUGGGUAUGUUCGGCCAAGCCGAGAGACUUUCUAAUCAUUUAAUUAAAAAGCACAGUGUACAGGUGGAAAAUUUUAAUAAUAUUAAUCAUUUUUACGAUAUAUUUAAGGGAUCGUGUUAUUUACUUUGCUGUGAUUGUGAAAAAGUUUUUUCUGAGACUGAUAAUUUUUCAGACCAUAAUUGUCUUAGUGUUCUUAAAGUUGGUGAGGAGCCUGAACCAGUCAAUUUAAACCAUCAGAAUGUUAGUCAAGCUCAAGAGCAGCAGCAACAACCUCAACCUCAACCUCAACCUCAACCACCUCCUCAACCACCAAUAAUAAAUGAUCAAGUUAAUCCAACACCUAAGCUUGGAUCCAACCAAGAUAGGCAGGAAAAAAUCAACAAUAAGAGAACAUUGUUGCCCAAUCCUGCUAACAAGGUUGCCAAGAAGCUUCUCUCUGAAAAAGCCAAGCUAAAAAAUGAUUUUUAUCAGAGCAAACUGGCGAAUUUGUACUCUAGAAAGCGGAGGUGUGAGGAAGUGGAAAUGGAAGAAGAGCAGGAGGAUAUUGAAGGGGAUUAUAUAAAUAAUUAUUUUAAAAAUGAAGUGAGUGAAAAGACUCGGAUCACUGAGGUGGACAUUACAAAUUCUCCGGAGAAGAGCGACAGGUAUACGGACACUAUAAUGCAGGUCUCAAGGUGCAGCGACGACUGGGACUCUGAUGACAAAGAGGACGUUAGCUUGGAUGAAAUGGAACAGGGUGAAUUGAUUCUUGAUGAUGGCAAGGAAGACUCUGUGGAGAGUUUUCCUAGUCCUAUCAGGGAAGUCUCUCCUAUUUUGCAGGACCAGGAGCAGGAGCAAGAGCAGGAGCAGGGGCAGGAGAAGGGAGAGACGGAGAAAGAGACUACCACUGAAACUUCAGCAACAACUGAAGAGUCUGUUAAAGAGCCUUCUGUUACUUGCACAAGGGUUAAUUCCAGAAGUCUGGUGAUUAAAAUUUGUACUAAUAAAAACUCACAAUUUUCUAUCGCAACGCCUAAUUCUAAUGGGAAUUAUACAGAGUCUGGUGAUGAGGCCAAAGAAUCUGAUAAGGAAAAUGAUAGCGAGAGUGGAAGUGAUUCUGAUACUGGGAAGCUUACUGUUGCUCUUCCAGAGCCUCAGGAAGAGGAGCCGGAAUUAGAGACCAAAGAGACUGAGGCUCCUGAAGCUCUUGAGGCUCCUGAGGCUCCUGAGACUCCUGAGGCUCCUGAGGCUCCUGAGGCUCCUGAUUCUCCUGAGGAACCAGAAAUUUUGGAAAAAAAUCGGCAAAAUGAUGUUGAAGAGAACCAAUUAGUUCCAGAUGACGGAAUUCUGUUAGCUAGCAGCGACGCUCCGAGCAUAGAUUUGAACGUAGUGGGUCUUUUAGAAAGCAUGGAGAUAGACGAGCUUCUAAAAUUGUGCAUCGAAGCUGCAAGUCCCACCUGCGUGUACUGCAACCACGCGAGACACAUUGCGAUAAACGGAAAGCAAUUGGCACUGCACAUGCUAGCGGAGCACAAAUUCCAGCCUCAGCACCCGGCUAUAAUAAUCCAGCGGGAACAAUUUGUAAAUCGGGUUAAAAAGUCCUUGGAUGAAUUAGAAUCCUUUUACUUCAACUUUGAUAGCUACGACAGCAAAAGAGGGACGUACGCUUUUCCCGAAGUUAGAACUUACGAGUGUUACCUCUGCAGGAUUUACUUUACAAUUCACAAGGACUUGUACCUGCACAACAGAAAGUCCCACCAGAAGACAAUCCUGGUGUGUAUAAUGUGCAAGUCUUCUUUUUUUAAUCACAGUGAAUUGCUCUGUCAUCUCUGUCCGGGAGUCUAUGCCGCUGGAGGGACUCUAAGGUACCGCUGCUGCAUGUGCAGCAUCGAGAGUCUUCCUUCGUCCUUCAGGUUAAUGGUGCACUUGCGCAAAAGACAUGAUACUUGUGAUGUCUGUCUUGAGUCCACGGGGAACCAGCAGAAGCUUUCUAAUCACGUUUGGAAGCACAAGCUUCAUCAUUUGUGCUACAGAUGUGGGAUUGCUUACCGGAACAAGCCGGACAUCACCAAGCAUCUUUUUUGGAAGCACGGAACUGAAAGUGUGGUUUGCAAAAAGUGCUUGCAGAAAAAGUGGCCGCAUGUUUAUCACUUUUGCAUCCCGCCGAGUGAGUUUGGGUGUGAGGAGUGCGGUGCUAAUUUUACUAGAGCUGUGGCUUUAAAGGUUCAUAAGAGGUUGCACACUGGGGAGGCUCCUUAUGGGUGUAAUGAGUGCUCGGAGAAGUUUAUCUCCAAGAAACUGGCUGCUAAACAUGACGAGAGUCAUAAGCAGCCGGAAAUUCCUCCCGCUCCUGAUCCUGAGCCGGAUAAUGAGAAGGUUAAGGAGUCUAAGGAGCCUGAGGAGGUUCAGGAGGUUAAAGAACAACCCGUUAGGAAGGUUGUUGAUGUCUAUGAUCUUCCGCCGCUUAAUUUGUCCUCUGACAGUGACUCUUCUGAGGAUGAAAGAGUUGUGAGCAAGGAUAAAGUGGAUAUGGAGAAGGUUGAUGAGGAAAAUAAGGAAAUUGAUGAAGCUAGGAUUGAAAUCAAUGAAGUUCCGGAGGAGAUCCAGUUGUCUGAAACCAAUGAUGAAGCUGAUGAAGUUAAUAAGCAGGAGGUCGUGAUUAUGAACGGAAUUUGGGACAAUUUUAAGUCUUAUGCAGCUAGCUUGGGCAGUGAUUUAGCUCCUGAGGUUGAAUUAAAGGCUAGCAAUGAUGAAAUCUUGAAGAAUAUUGCUGCUGAGCAUGAUUACUGGGUGGUUUAUGAGCCUCCUAAGGAGGAGGUUCAGGAGGAAGUCUUGGAUGAUAAGAAAAAGAAGUCUCCUAAGAAGAAGAAAUCAGGGAGUGAUUCUUCAAGUGAUUCUUCGAGUGAUAGUGACUCUAGUAGUUGUUCUUGUGGAACCAAUUGCAGCUGCAGCAGCUCUUCUUCUGGAAGUUCCUCGUCUUCGAGCAGCAGUUCUGAUUCAGACAGCUCGACGGAGUCUCAUAAGCAGUCGAGGAAGGACAGGAGGAAGGAACGGGAGGCCAAGCGCAAGAAAGAAGAUCAGGUUCCUGAACGGGAGAAUGGAAUUCCUAGUCUUGAGGGAAGUGAGGAGAAUGUUGGAAUUAAUGCAGAAGUUCAGGAACCGCCGAGAGAGGCGCUGCCGGUUAGAGAGUCGGAUUUAGAAACCACUGAGACGGAGACUGAUGAGGAUUUCUAUGAUGAGAACCCUCAAUUGCACGCUAGUAGGCUAGCUGAGCGCAGGAGCCAGUCGGUAAUGCAGGAAGUUCCAACAGAUGGCGCUGAGGUUAAGAACGGAGCUAUUGAGCAGGUGGAGACGCUAAACUCUCUGCCGGUAAAGUCGAAGCAGACCUUGAAGCGGAAGAUCAAGACUAAGAGAAGGAAGAAACUGGAGACUAGGGAAGCUAGGGAGAGUGUUAGAGGGCGCGGAAGAGGAAGACCUCCUGGAUCUACUAAGGGAAGUCUUAAAUUAAACAUUCCAAAGAAUAUUCUGUUCCAGAAGAAGAAUCCCUCGCCACCUACGUUCAAUACUAUUGACGAGUUUAUGUACACUAAUUAUCAAGUCACGGAGUCUACUUUUAAUUCCAGCGCCAUGUCUGCCACCAGCGAGAAUGAAGCUUCGGCAAAUGACAGCAAGCGCUCUUCUAAGAGGAAGAGGAUUCCCAAGAAGUUCUACGGGGAUUCUAGUGAUGAGGAACAUCAACGCAACGCCACCAAGUGGCAGCGACCUAAUACUACGGUUCCGUAUGUUCCUAGCAUCACUAUCAAGCAGAACUUUGGCCCACCGCCGGUUAAUAAGGUCUAUUCUCAGGAACCUCCGCUGCAGCCAGCUGUUAUUACUCAGCCGGUGGAAACUCCAGCGCCAGUUUCGGUUCACGCAGCGGUUAAUGUUACCACUGACUCGGAACCUAAUGACUCUAGCAGUGAUUCCAGUUCUGAGGAAGAGACUAGUAAUGUUAGAGCUACUCAUCCGCCGAUUAAUAAUCUAGGAGCUACUGGGUCAAGCAAUGUCUACUGCUACUGUCGGUGUCCUUAUGAUGAAGUCUCGGAGAUGAUUGCUUGCGACGGGAACAAUUGUCGCAUUGAAUGGUUCCAUUUUGAGUGUGUUGGGAUCAUGGUUCCUCCUAAAGGAAAGUGGUACUGUCCUGAUUGUCUUAAAAGAGAUCAGGCUGAUGAUCAUCAGCUUGAUCAAUAAAUAUUUUUCUUGUAAUUGUAUUUAAAUUUCAGCUCGGUUUUAUUUUUAAAAGAAACUUUUUUUUUGAGGUUUUUAAUAGCUGACUAAAGUUAUCAAUUUAAUAUUGUAAUCUACUGAGCGAUAUUUCUUUGUAAAUACUUGUAAAUAAUUAUAUUAAUAGAGUUUAUUAAAGUAAGUUUUAUGU